AGGAGCAACUAAAGGCCUUUGAUAAUAAAAUCAAUGCUUUUUUGGACAAUAUGUUUGGACCUCGAGAUUCUCGAGUCAGAGGAUGGUUCAUGUUGGACUCUUACCUUCCUACCUGUUUCCUCACUGUCGUGUAUCUGCUUUCCAUAUGGCUGGGCAACAAAUACAUGAGGAACAGACCUGCUUUUUCCCUCCGGGGCAUCCUCACCUUGUAUAACCUCGGAAUCACACUCCUCUCCACGUACAUGCUGGCCGAGCUCAUUCUCUCCAGCUGGGAAGGAGGCUACAACUUACAAUGUCAAGAUCUAGCCAGCGCUGGGGCAGCUGAUGUCCGGGUGGCCAAGGUGUUGUGGUGGUACUACUUCUCCAAAUUAGUAGAGUUCCUGGACACCAUUUUCUUUGUUUUGCGGAAAAAGACGAAUCAGAUCACUUUCCUCCAUGUUUACCAUCACGCGUCCAUGUUUAACAUCUGGUGGUGUGUUCUAAAUUGGAUACCGUGUGGACAAAGUUUCUUUGGCCCGACGCUGAACAGCUUUAUCCACAUUCUCAUGUACUCCUAUUACGGGCUGUCUGUGUUUCCCUCUAUGCACAAGUAUCUGUGGUGGAAGAAAUACCUCACACAGGCCCAACUGGUGCAGUUCAUCCUCACCAUCACACACACCAUGAGCGCUGUCGUGAGGCCCUGCGGCUUCCCCUUCGGCUGUCUCAUCUUCCAGUCUUCCUACAUGAUGACGCUGGUCAUCCUGUUCUUAAAUUUCUAUGUUCAGACCUACCGAAAAAUGCCAAGCAAGAAAGCUACCCAGCACCCACCUGCACCUGCAGGAAAAGAAGUCAAGAAUGGUUUUUCCAGAGCCUGCUUCAGUGCAGCUAACGGAGUGAUGGACAAGAAAGCACAGUAAAAAAAAAACAAAGCAAAA